AAUGAUGUGACCUAGGUUCCCCACGGACACACAUAACGUCCCCAAAGAGGGUCAGGCUGGAGCCGAGGCACAGAAAAGGGGCGAGGGGGCGGGAUGGCCGAGGGUAUCCGCUGCCGAUUGGUUCGGUACUUGGAGCACCUGACGCCGGAGGAGCUGAAGAAAUUCAAGCUGUAUCUAAAGGAUGAGCCCUCCGGGCGGUGCAUCCCGCGGGGCAGAGUGGAGGGGGCGGAUAGAACGGAACUGGCCGAGCUCCUGGUCAGUACUUUUGGGGAGCCGGACGCCUGGGAGCUGGCUCUGAGUAUCUUGGAGAAGAUGGGCCUGCGGGAGCUGUGGGAGCGAGCCAGGCAGGAAGGACUGCUGGAUCCUACAGAAGGGCCAAGACUGAAAACAAAUACAAGAAACACGAGAAAGCACCAAGAAGGGAAAGAUGAAAGAAGUAAGUACCAAAAACGAAUGAAAGAGAAAUUCCAGCUCAUGAAGGAGAGGAAUUCUCGUCCUGGGGAGCAUGAGCUCUUUCACCACCGAUUCACAGAGCUGCUGCUUCUUCGAGGUUAUCGUUACAAGGAACAGAAGCAUCACGAGCUCCUUAUCCGUGGAGGGGAACACACUAAGUUCAUGCAGGAACGAGGGCAACUUAUAGAGACAGUAUCUUUAUUUGAUCCUUUUAAAGAGACAGGUAUCCAACCACGCAUUGUUGUGCUGCAGGGGGCUGCUGGUAUUGGGAAGACCACCCUGGCCAGCAAGGUGAUGUUGGACUGGGCAGAAGGAAACCUCUUCCAGGAGAGGUUCGACUAUGUUUUCUAUCUCACCUGCAGAGAACUGAACCCAUUAGGAGAGAGAGAAAUCAGUUUUGCUGAUUUAAUUGCCAAUGACUGGCCUGGCCCCCAGGCUCCCAUGACAGAGAUCAUGUCCCAGCCAGAGAGACUUCUGUUCAUCAUUGAUGGUUUAGAUGAACUGAAAUUCCCUUGUAACGAGCACAGAUAUGAUCUAUGCAAAGACUGGAAGCAGAAGGAGCCAGUAUCCAUCUUGCUGAGCAGCUUACUGAGGAAAACCUUGCUCCCUGAAGCCUGCUUGUUGCUCACAACAAGACUCACUGCUCUGGGGAAAUUUUGUCCUUUGUUAGAGAGUCCACGUCAUGUGGAGAUCCUGGGCUUCUCGGUGCAGCAUAGGGAGGAGUAUUUCUGCAAAUUUUUCAGAGAUAAACAUUUGGGUGGAAAAGCCUUUCAUUUAGUAAAAGGCAAUGGCACACUACUCACUAUGUGCUCCGUUCCCCUGAUGAACUGGAUUGUCUGCACUUGCCUGAAACAGCAGAUGGAGAAGGGACAAGAUCCUGUCCAGGCUUUGAAAACCACCACUGCCCUCUACAUGUGUUAUCUUUCCAAUUUAAUCAUCCCUGAUGACAAGAACUUCAUCCCUCAGCACUUGAGGGGUCUGUGUCGCUUGGCUGCUGAGGGGAUCUGGGACAGGAAAGUGCUGUUUGAGGAGGAGGACCUCAGGAGGAAUACCUUGGAGGUGGGUGAUGUCUCUGCCUUCUUAGAUAUGAACAUUUUCCAGAAAGACAGUGACUGUGAAAACUGCUACAGCUUCAUUCACUUGAGUUUCCAAGAGUUUUUUGCUGCCAUGUUCUAUGUGAUGAGCACAGAGGAAGAAGGGAUGAAGAGUUCUGAUGCCUCCAUCCCAGGUGUCGGAGAACUUCUGGAGGAGUGUAGUGGGCUUAAUUCCAGCUUUGUGGUUCUGGUGGUCCGCUUCCUGUUUGGCUUCCUAAACGUAGAGACAGCAAAGGAGCUGGAGAGAAAAUUCAGAUGCAGAAUGUCACCGAAAAUCAAGUCACAGUUACUGCAGUGGGCUCAGGGAGAAUCCAAAAUAAAUGAACAAAACGAUUUUUCUAUGAUUUAUCUCCCAGAAUUUUAUUCUCACUUAUAUGAGACUCAAGAUUCUGAGCUUGUAACACAGGUGCUAGAUAACAUCCAAGAAAUUAAAGUACAUGUUUACAACCAGUAUGAUGCCCUGAAUGCAGCUUUCUGCAUUAAGCAUUGUUAUAGUGCAAGAAAAAUAUACUUUUGUUUUGAUUGUGGUUUACCUGCUGGUGUUUGGCAAGAGCUUUUUUCCAUGAUCAGCAAGAAUCCAUACCUGAAGGAGUUAACUCUGGGCAGUGAAACAUUUGAUGAUUCAUGUAUGGAAAACCUUUGUAAGGAACUAAACCAUCCAAACUGUAAACUUGAAAAACUGACGUUGAUAGACUUCAAGGUAACUUAUUCAUCUUGCCAGAAUCUCUUCUCUGCUCCCAGUCUGAAAAGCCUGGAGUUGAAUGGUGAAAUUGUUAAGGAUGGUGACAUGAAACUUCCACAUGAGGCCUUGGGAAAAAAGAACUGUCAGCUGCAGGUACUAAGAAUAUCUGAUUUUUCAAGUUUUGCUGUUAAGAUCCUGGAUUUUUUCUCUGCUGAGAACCUGAAAAGCUUACACCUGAUAUCUACCCCUAUUCGUCAAGAUACAGUAGAGCUUCUGCAUAAUGUCUUGGCAAAACAGGAUUGCAAGCUACAAACAAUCAGUUUGGGGACUUGUCUAUAUUACCCUACAGUUUGCUAUAAGCUCUUCUCUAUUUUUGGUAGCAGUAAGAGCCUGAAGAACUUAGAUCUAAGUCUAAAUUCCUUUGGUGAGGUGGAAAUAAAAUGUCUGUGCAAGACUAUGGAAAACCAAGUUUGGAAACUGGAGACACUGAGGAUGUCUCGGUGUAAACUCACCAUUGAUCAUCUUCAGAAUCUCCUACCUUUUUUCUGUAGCAUUAAGAACCUAAAAAAGUUGGACCUGAGUCAUAAUUUUUUUGGUGAAGAUGGAAUUAAUCUGGUGUGUGAAGCUUUGGAAAAGCAGGAUUGUAACCUACAAAUAUUAAACUUCUGGGAAGAGGACUUAAGUCAACCCAUAGAAAAGACACUGAACAGCCUAAAUUCAAGAAAACCUUUUCUUAUCACUUGGAAAGACUAUCAUAUGGCUACAAUAGAGUUCUUUGACUGGGAUGCUGAAUACACGUAGCCCUGGCUUGCUUCAGUGGAUGCUUUACCAGCAUUAAUUCUUAUACUUAAUAUGAGAUGGUCUCUAAGGAAAUCCUCUUACCCAGACCAUGGGCUGCCUGGUAUUAGAAACCUCCUGCAUUUCAGAGUCCUCCCUACUGUGAUUAAUAUCUAAAAAGUCUCUUCUACUGAUCUUUCCCUGUUUGGACAAAGAAGAAACACAAAGGACCACUCUUGCCACUGAAGAGUAGAGAAAAUCCAACAUCCCCAGUCACAGGUGCCUGAGAUUGGAGGCCUCCACUGCAGAGACCUCUGGAGUAACAUUCUGAAGGACCUUCCUGCCUUUGCUCUGAUCUGUGCAAUAUUCUGAUCAAUAGUUGCCCUUCUAGUCUUAUGGCAGUAGAAUCCUGCCUCCCACUCCCAUUAUUCCUGUCUUUCAGAUUCAUUCUGCUGAGUUGGAUCCCUCUUCCUAGGAGAGACUUCAUUUUCAGCCCCUCCCAGGAUGCAUCCUGACCCUGCCCCAUUCAGUUUCUGUCUACCUCUGUCCUGUACUUUAUGCAUCAGCCUCUGGGAUCUGUUACUAAAUUCUUUGUCUCAGAUAUCUUCCUUUCAUGGUCUCUGUUUUCCAGCCCUCACAGGAAAUGGACUUUCUCCCUAAAGAUAUUUCAUUCCCCAACUUCCUCUCCAGUGCUGGAUGGUCCUUCUCUCCCACUCUGUAGCUCCCAGAGUUUCUGCUUUUCUGACCUUCCCUCAGAAGCCUCCAUCCUUGAAGGUCACCUCCCCCAUCUAACCCACUGCCUUGUGGGGGCUCACCUGUAAGUCCCUUGGAAAACCAAAGGAAGAUGAGGCCGAGACUUCAAGGGAUUUGGCAAGGCCAGUUUCAUAGCUGAUAACCCAUAUCUAACCUCUUUCAGAUUAUUUACUGAAAAUAUAACAGUCAACAUGACCAAAGUGAGUUUUGUGACCAGAUACUUUUAAAAAUGAAAACAAAUUGUGGCAGCUCUUUUUCUAGUGGCAAGAAACUA